CAUCAUUUGCCAAAUCUCUUGUCGCCACUAUUACGUCUUACAGAUUUCGAUAUUAUUAAAGGAGUGCCAUUGGACUCGAUGCAUUUACUGCUUUUAGGCGUCAUGAAAUUGCUUUUAGAGAAGUGGACACAGGGAAAAAGUCGGCAACGUCUAACACGAGCGCAGUUGAACCUUUUAAAGCAAUUACUGGAUUUAUUGAAAGGUUCAGUACCUGCUGAAUUCCAAAGAAAAAUAUUUGAAAUACGCGAAGUGGCAAAAUGGAAAGCAACGCAAUACAGGACCAUACUGCUGUAUGUUGGUGCAGUGGUUCUUCGUGACGUAUUGCCACAUAAAUAUUAUCAACAUUUUCUGCUGCUGGUAGUGGCAAGUCGUAUUCUUUCCAGUAAAAAACUUGCUGUGCCGUAUGCGGAUUAUGCGAAUAUCUUACUACGAGAAUUUGUAUCCCUAAUGCCAUCAUUAUAUGGACCAGGCUCACAGGUGUUGAAUGUCCAUAAUUUAAUUCAUAUUUCGGACGACGUAAAACACUUCAAAUUGCCACUAACCGAAAUCUCGGCGUUUUGGGCAGAAAAUUUCUUGGGGCAACUUAAAAAAUUGAUACGAACUCCGAAAUAUCCCUUAAUUCAGGUGGUAAAACGACUAACGGAAGUCGAUUGUCUGCCCGGCCAAAAAAUACGUAUUCGAAAAAAAUGUAAUAGCAUGGUUCUCGAAGGGGCCGUUAUUAAAGGAGUUAUGGUGGGAGAAAUGCUUAUUAAAUCAAAACGACCAGAUAAUGUUGUAGAAUUAAAAGACGGAAAAUUAAUGAUAAUCAACAACAUUGUGGAGAAAAAACAGAAUGAUUUAACGAAUGAGCAGAGUAGAAAAUUUGCUGUGGAAGGAUUUCCGGUAAUAAAAACUGGUGAUCUGUUCUCUCGCCCAGAUUCAUCUCAGAAAUUUGGUUUCAAGGAGAUUCUGGAAGUUUCCGACAAAUCAAUCGUCGUGCCUAUAGAAGAAAUCUAUUGUAAAUGUUUUGAAAUACGAACAAAUUCUGCUCGAUUUGCUGUUAAUUUACUUCACAAUUAAUUCAAACGAAAAAUGAUGAAGUUGGUUUCCGUUCAAAGACUCCCGAUACGAGUACGUGUUGAAGCAUCGGCGCCCAUUUCUUCGCCAACGUAAGCCCUCCGUAGAAAAUCGUCGGCUUUCUUCGUUUCUACCGAUAUGCGCCCAUUAAUGCGCAGUACUCGAAAAUUCAAGAUUUCGUGUCAGUCCUCACUCGGUGUUUUCGGUGACCAGACCAGUAAUUACGUGCUAACGUGUCGAACGUGUUGAAUCGUGUCAUUCGCCCCGGAAAGAUACUAUUCGCAGUAUUAAAACUUACAGGAUGGAUAAUAUCGAAGAUCAAGUGAAAUUUUUCGUCGUUGAAUUCGACGAAUUCACUGAAGAAAAUUUCCCGGUCAUUGAUUUAGUUCCACGGUCAUGGGUAGUAUCGACGACCACUGGGCUACGUUGUCAAUAUCCGAACGCGAGUCCCAGCAAAAUUCAGAAAUGGGUGAAAAACCAAAAAGAACCACGUUCGAAUUGGAUGGAUUAUGCUGUUGUUCGCAUCAUUUUUGAAGCACAUGACUAUGAACAAGGUUUUCGACGUCUAAAAAGAUGCCUAAAAAACAUUGAAACGGCACCAAGCACUGACACUGACAACGACGAAACAACCCUGACACUUUUGGAUUCCGUUUCGGAAAAACAACUACUGUCGUAUCUCAAUAAAGAAAAUCCUCUACCUGUCAAUGAUAGUCUCCAUUUAUCGAAUAUCUUGGGUGAUACGCAAGGGAUGCCAUCGCCAAAUAAAAAUAGAUCCAUCAACUGCGACCGUGUAUUAUCAGAUGGAAACGGAAAUUCGAAACGCAACGAAAAUGAUGAUUUAAAGCGUCAUAUUGACGAAAAAUUAAAUGAAAUCAAACGAGAUCUGAUGCGAGCAAUAGAUUCUGCAAAAAGAAGUCUCCAGUACGACUUGGACAAAAAAAUCGUCGAAAUUAAUAAUAAUAUCAUGUUUUCGUCGAAAUCAGCAUUGAAGCAUGGGUCAGAAGCACGAAAAGUAAUUACUACCGCGCUUCCUAUUAAUAAUUUGGAAGAUUUCUUGAAAUUCGACAAGUCUCUACAGGAUGAAAAUGCAGAAACAAAAAGUGCACUGAUUAUCUUACUAAAGUCUUCUGUAGCCGGAAUAACUUCGAUUCAAAAAGACAUUGGUAUCAUGGUCUCAACGAUCAUGAGUAAAGCUGUACAAAUUAAAUACAGUGGAUGCGGCCGAAAAGUCAAGAACGCCGAAACAAAAUUGAAUUUCAGCGCAACAUUGACAUUUGAAUGUAUGAAAGAAAUUUUGCGAGAAAAGUAUUCUGAUGGUCCGGAGCUUGUCGGGCUUUCAACGAAACUAAGUCGGUGGUUCGCAGGUGCUGGUGACCGAGAAGGUGGUCGUCGUGAACGCACCAAUCAGCUUCCUACGCCUACCACUGAACCCGUUGCGACAUCCGAUAUAGAAUAAUCGGUUUCUUACAUUGCUAAGAAAGUUUUCGUUUCCCAAUAAUUUUCUAUGUUCUUUUUUGCUUUAUUUUUAAGAUUAACAAAAGAUACAGUUGAAAGUUUUUUUUUCUUUUCUG